AUGUGGGGAGUAACAGGAUUUAUAAAAGUAUUGCAGAGGUCGUCUUUGUUGCCAAGAGUAUCGUCCGUAAGAGAAAAUAGCGUUUUUAAUCAGUUUUUUGAUGAUGAAGCCAACUUCGCAAAAUCAGAGCUAAGGCCGAAAAAACGGCCCGGACGAUCAUGGACUGUGGAAGAGUUAAGACUGAAGUCCAAUACGGAUGUACACAAGCUUUGGUAUGUUUGCUUAAAAGAGAAAAAUAUGCUAUUAACUAUGCGAGCAGCCUAUGUGGAACAGGCACGAUAUAUGCCGAAUCCUGAAAGACUUGAUAGAGUGAAAGAAACGAUGCAAAAUAUUGAACAAGUGGUACACGAGAGAAACGAUGCAUAUUAUAAGUUAGAAACUGGAGAUAGUGCUGACGUUCCACUUCGAACAGUCACUUCAUUCAUGGGAUUCACAUACAAAAGACAAAGUACAGAACAUUAUAGCGAAGCUAAUCCGAAAGAAAUCGCAGUGGAGGUGCCUUAUCUUGAUGAUGAUGCUUAUAUGAUGCAAAAACUGUGGAAAGAAAAAGAGCAUCUGAAAAAGAGAGACAGUAUGGAUAUGGCAGGAAACGGUAUGGGGUCACAAAGGCGCAGAGAUAAAUUAGGCAAUAUUGCAAGUUCCAAGUUCCACAAUCGCUAA